AUGUCGGUCAGCGCUUGGAUCCCGGACGGUCUGCUUCCUCGAUGGCUGCUCGUGGUCGCCGCGAUGGCAUCGCUCAAUGGAGCCACCAACUUCUUCAACUCUCGAGCUAGUGCAAAGGUGUACUCGGCAGCCGGUGGUCAAAUCACACCCCUCUCGGCGCGUCUCUUUGGCGUCUGGAACAUCACCUCAGCCAUCAUUCGGGCGUAUGCCGCGUACAACAUCAAUGACAAAGUAGCCUACGAGUUGUGCAUGUGGUCCUUCGUCAUUGCCCUCGUCCACUUUGUCUCCGAGACCUUCGUCUACAAGACCGCCAAGAUGGGUCCCGGAAUGAUCAGUCCGCUGAUCGUCGCUUCUUCGAGUUUCACGGCCAUGUACCUGCAGUACGGCUCGUACGUCAACAAGCCCCUUUCUUGGUCUUGA